CGUCGUGCACUGCGCGGGUGGGGUUCUUCUGGUCGCAUGACAGCAGCCCCGGCGACUGCUUUUCGUGUGGAGUUGCUGCAGGAGGAUUAUUAUGUUGCGACCCAAAGCUCUGACCCAGGUGCUGAGCCAAGCCAACACUGGGGGCGUGCAGAGCACUCUGCUGCUGAACAAUGAAGGCUCUUUACUUGCAUAUUCUGGCUAUGGUGACACAGAUGCCCGAGUUACAGCUGCUAUUGCUAGCAACAUUUGGGCUGCCUAUGAUAAAAACGGAUAUCAGGCAUUCAACGAGGACCAUCUUAAAUUCAUCCUUAUGGACUGUAUGGAAGGUCGCGUUGCGAUUACAAGAGUGUCAAACCUGCUGCUGUGCAUGUAUGCCAAAGAGACUGUCGGAUUUGGCAUGUUGAAAGCAAAGGCCCAGGCCUUAGUGCAGUACCUCGAGGAGCCCCUGAACCAGGUCUCUGCGUCUUGAGGGCUUCAGGACCGACGCUGGACUGUUUUCGUCAGGCGCCUCUUGUGGACACCCGUCCGUUGCUGAUGCCGUGUUGUGAUAGACGCUUCCGCAGGCCUCUGCCCGAUCCUCCUGCGUUUCCGCGUUACAUAAGCUGAUACGUUUCCUGUGUUUCCCGUGUGUCCUGCCCAAUUAAAGGAUGUGGACGGAGGAACCCCGGC